CGUCCAGUUGAUCCAAAAAAACAGACAGUGAAAUUCAAACUAUAAAUAUAAAAACAAAAAUAGCCACUCUGGCGGUAAUUCUCUCUCCCCUUUCUUCUGCCAAUUAUAACUUUCUUGAAACCAAAAAACAAACAAACAUGACCCAUGAUAAUCAUGGUCAACGCUCAAGAAGUCGUUCUCCUGAGAGAAACUGGGUUGAAAAAUGUUUAGGGUGCAACUGUGUAGAAUUGUUAUGGCCAAGAUUGGUUAUACAAAAAUGGCUGAAUAUAUCUACAGAUAGUUCUGAUUAUAGUGCUGAUUCUGAUGAUAAUAGUCUCCAUGAUCCUAUUAUUCGUGCAGAAUCUUUGUGUUAUCGGCCAAAAGGUUCCGGCUUUAAUGAUAAUAAAGGAGAUGAAUUUAAGGGUCAUCAUCAUAAAGGAGAUUUUCCUAGGUUAAGAAGACGAAAAUCAGAGACAUUCAGAGAUCAAUUUAUCGAUGCAAAGGAACUCAGGGUAUCUGUUAAUACAUGGAAUCUUGGAGGGGAAUUCCCACCAGAAGACUUGGAUAUCUCAGAGUGGCUCGAUACUGAGUACCCUGCAGACAUAUAUGUGAUUGGUUUUCAGGAGAUUAUACCCUUAAAUGCUGGAAAUAUUUUUGGUUCUGAAGAUACCCGUCCAAUUCCAAUAUGGGAAAAUAUCAUUCGUGAAAACCUUAAUAAACUGAACCUCGUGAACACUGAAUAUAAAUGCUAUAGUGACCCUCCUUCUCCUUUAAGAUUUAAACUAUCUGAAGAUGCUCCAAAUAUGCACAGUGAACUACCGGUAGAAAGCGAUACUGAGAGUGAGGAUGAAAUGUGCACGUUUAGUGAUUCUGUAACAAAAUAUCCUGUAGAAAAAAUAGAAGAGUUUGUUGAUUCAUUUAAAGAUUCUAAGUCCUUUGUAAAUUAUCGUCCUUUAGAGUCAUAUUUGAGUGGUGGAAGAAGAGUCAGACCAGUGGUCAAUGGGCUUGCAAAACUAGAUCUUGACUCUAUUAUGUACAGGAAAAGAAAAUCACAGUAUGUUAGAAUAGUAAGCAAACAGAUGGUUGGAGUUUUUCUGACCAUAUGGGUUCGUAGAAGCUUGAGGAAGCAUAUCCAGAAUGUUCAUGUGUCGACCGUUGGUGUAGGAGUAAUGGGCUACAUUGGUAACAAGGGGUCCAUAUCAGUGAGCAUGUCCGUAUACCAGACAAACUUCUGUUUCAUAUGUGCGCAUUUAACAUCUGGUGAGAGGGAAAUUGAUAUCAUCAAGAGGAAUAUUGAUGUAAAUGAGAUAUAUAAGAGGACACGUUUUAAUUCAAUGUCAAAAGUUGCACUUCCAAGGAGCAUUAAAGACCACGAGCGAAUAAUAUGGUUUGGUGAUCUUAAUUAUCGUUUCAAUUUAUCAUACGAAGAAGCAUGUGAUUUGAUAUCUAAAAAGGCCUGGUCCGAGCUGUUAGAGAGGGAUCAGCUAAGAGAUGGCGGCGCAUUCGAUGGAUGGGAAGAAGGUACUUUGAAUUUUCCACCAACUUAUAAAUAUGAGCCAAAUUCAGAUAAAUACUGUGGCGAGGAUCCUAAAGCCGGGAGGCGUACUCCAGCAUGGUGUGACCGUAUACUUUCAUUUGGGAAAGGGAUGAGGCAACUGAGCUACAAAAGGAUUGAGAAUAGACUCUCGGAUCAUAGGCCUGUGUCUGCAUCAUAUAUGAUAGAUGUUGAAGUGUUCUCUCUAAGAAAGUUGCAGCGGGCCCUGACGUUUACUGACACGGAGAUUCAAAACUAUGGGAUCUCUCACUUAAGAAAUGCAAAGGAUACAUUGGAUGGUAAUGACCAAGAUUCUACCAAUUGAUAUGACCAUGUCUUGUGCACUGUUUUUCUUUCUCUCACUCAAACCAUAUGUUAUUUUUUGGCUUAUAUAUAUUGUCCGUGUAUGAUGCACCAUUUGGUGCAAUCUGUGUCCAAUUUUUUGGUGUCUCAUAGUCUUGCCCAAAUUUAAGGUUAUCAAAACAUCCCAUUGUAUAUUUGUAUUUUCAAUUGUGAUUGUAUUGUUUUGUGCAGUAAUAAGUUAUUGCAGUUGGAGAAUUCGAUUCAA